AUGUUUCCCGAUUUCUUGCAAGUCGUCUACCGUUUUGGCGACGGACACCGCCUCUCCGCCUGGAGCCAGUUUUUCGGUCGCGCGUCGAACCGCUGGAUGGAGCGCACGAACCUGCGCACAAUCUGGAUGCGCAUGGUGGGUAGGCGGUACUGGGAGGAGAGGCUCAAGCGCGGUCUGCCUUGCCAACCGCUGUGGCGGGAGGUGCGGGAUCGGCUGGUGCAAAGCGAGGACUGGGAGGUGCAGACGUGCGUGGGGGACUACCCGUCGGACGAGGACGCCGAGUUCGAUUUCGACGACGACGACUAUGACCACGAGCGCGCGGGGAUGCCGAGGAGAAAGAAAGUGGUGGCGGCGGCGCCCGCGGUGCUGCAUAUAAUGUGA